GUGGAAGAAUCUGGACCCCUAAAUAAAAAUGACUUUCCAAGUGGAAGGACUGAUAGCUAUCAUCGUGUUCUACCUUCUAAUAUUGCUGGUUGGAAUAUGGGCUGCCUGGAGAACCAAAAACAGUGGCAGCUCAGAAGAACGCAGCGAGGCCAUCAUAGUUGGUGGCCGAGACAUUGGUCUGCUGGUGGGUGGAUUUACCAUGACAGCCACCUGGGUUGGAGGAGGUUACAUCAAUGGGACUGCUGAAGCAGUGUAUGUACCAGAUUAUGGUCUAGCUUGGGCUCAGGCACCAAUUGGAUAUUCUCUUAGUCUGAUUUUAGGUGGUUUGUUCUUUGCAAAGCCUAUGCGUUCCAAGGGAUAUGUGACCAUGUUAGACCCAUUUCAGCAGAUCUAUGGAAAACGCAUGGGUGGGCUCCUAUUUAUUCCUGCACUAAUGGGAGAAAUGUUUUGGGCUGCAGCCAUUUUCUCUGCCUUAGGAGCCACCAUCAGCGUGAUCAUUAACGUCAAUGUGCAAGCUUCUGUCAUCGUCUCUGCACUGAUCGCCACUCUGUACACGCUGGUGGGUGGUCUCUAUUCUGUGGCCUACACCGAUGUAGUUCAGCUUUUCUGCAUCUUCACAGGCCUGUGGAUCAGCGUCCCUUUCGCCCUGUCGCAUUCUUCAGUUACUGACAUUGGGUACACUGCUCUGCAUGCCAGAUACCAAAAGCCUUGGCUGGGGACCAUUGAAUCAUUUGAAGUCUAUACUUGGCUUGAUAGUUUUCUGCUGUUGAUGCUGGGUGGAAUCCCAUGGCAAGCCUACUUCCAGAGGGUCCUCUCUUCAUCCUCAGCCACCUAUGCUCAAGUGUUGUCUUUCCUGGCAGCUUUUGGGUGCCUGGUGAUGGCUCUACCAGCCAUACUCAUUGGGGCCAUUGGAGCAUCAACAGACUGGAACCAGACUUCAUACGGUCCUCUAGGUCCCAAGGACAAAAAUGAAGCGGACAUGAUCUUACCCAUUGUUCUGAAGUAUCUCUGCCCUGUGUACAUUUCUUUCUUUGGCCUUGGUGCAGUUUCUGCUGCUGUUAUGUCAUCAGCAGAUUCUUCGAUCUUGUCAGCAAGUUCCAUGUUUGCCCGGAACAUCUACCAGCUUUCAUUCAGACAAAAUGCAUCAGACAAGGAAAUCAUCUGGGUCAUGCGAAUCACCAUAUUUGUGUUUGGAGCUUCCGCCACAGCCAUGGCCUUACUAACGAAGACCGUGUACGGGCUCUGGUACCUCAGCUCAGACCUCGUUUACAUCAUCAUCUUCCCCCAGCUGCUUUGUGUGCUCUUCGUCAAGGGAACCAACACAUAUGGGGCUGUGACAGGUUAUGUGUCUGGCCUUUUCCUGAGAAUAACUGGCGGGGAGCCAUAUCUGUACCUGCAGCCCUUGAUCUUUUACCCUGGUUAUUACUCUGAUAAGAAUGGCAUAUAUAAUCAGAGAUUCCCAUUUAAAACCCUUGCCAUGGUGACCUCGUUCUUAUCCAACAUUUGCAUCUCCUAUCUAGCCAAAUACCUAUUUGAAAGUGGAACCUUGCCGCCCAAAUUAGAUGUGUUUGAUGCUGUUGUCGCAAGGCACAGUGAAGAAAACAUGGAUAAGACAAUUCUGGUCAAAAAUGAAAACAUUAAGUUGGAUGAACUUGCACCUGUGAAGCCCCGACAGAGCCUAACUCUCAGCACCACUUUCACCAAUAAGGAGGCCUUCGUCAACAUCGACUCCAGCCCAGAAGGGUCUGGGAUUGAAGAUAACUCAUAAUGACCCCAUCCAAAUAAAAUAUUGCUUUCACAAACAGAGCACCACGGCAGGCUAAUCUGGGUUGCAGCAUAUAAAAAAUAUACUUUAAAAACAAACAGCAUUCAGGAAGACAAAAAUCCAUAUAGAAGUGCAAUUGCAAAAGUGCAAGCCAAGCUAGAAGGAAGCAUCUGUGAAAGCAACAGCUUGCUUUCUCAUCGGUAUUUCUCAUCCUCAUUUGAUUCUGACUCUAGUUAGUUUUGUUAAGUAUUCAAAAUUGAAUUAAGACCCACUCAAAGAACAGAGGGCCAAACAGAGUAUUUAUUCUGAAAAAAAGAAGUAGAUACAAAACGAAAGAGCCAAGGAAAUUAGGUGGACUUGAUCCAGACCUUGUCUGUUAAUGCACUAGUGGGUCUAGUUUACAGUCGCAGUGAAGCAGGAGAGGAACUUGCCAUCACUCCAAUGAAUGGUGCAACAAAUUAACCACUGAUUGUCCUGAUGUGAUAAUUAAUCCCUUCUUUCAUGUUCUUAAUUAGAACAUUUACUGAAUAUGCAUUUCGUUUCUCUUUUUGUAGUGGCACGUAUUAUUCUGAGCGCAGACAAAGCAAACACACACAAAAUAUCAUGUUGUGUCAUUUCUUUAGGUACAAGGUAAUAGGAAAGCAGAAUCCAUCUUUGUAGAGGAGCACUGGUUCCUUUGAGUGUGUCUAAUAGCUACCAUAUGCAUUGAGACACAUACCUGGAGGAUGGAAGUCAUGACUAUUAGGCAACCUUAAAGCAAUAAAUCAAGAAGGCCAUUAAGCAGAAAGUGACAGGAAGAAGAGUGGGUUUUCACUUUCAUCUGAAGUUUAUAUAAUUUUGCUUCAUGAUAAAAGAAGUAAUGUCUUGGCUUCCUAUCUAAAUUGGUAUUGGAAGUGAAAUUGAGCCAUAUAUAAGGUGAGGUACCAGUGUAGCGCCAGUUAAGGUUAAUGAGAGACGAACAGCACCUCUUGAUAAAACUAGAAAAACAAAACCCUCUCAAUUUUGGACAUUCAUUCAUUUAUGAGGAUGAUUUAGUGUCAAGAGAGUGACUCUGUGGCACUUUUUGCAAAAAUCAGUCUUAGGUACUAGACAAAUCACCACUACAGAGAGUAGAUAGUGAAUUUUAAAAUGCAGAAGAAAGCAGAAAGUAAAAAUAAGUCCCAAAGGGAAAAAGCCAUCAAUUUUAACAUUUGGCGUCCACAUAACUUUCAUGAGGUUGGUCAUUAAAUAUUAUUUUACUCCUUUUCUGGAGUUAAAAAAUACAUAUGUGUAUAUAAAUAUGCAAUGGUUUAUAUGAUUUUAGAAUUUUAAAUGCUUUCCCAGUAGUCACAUUAUAGAAAUAACCAUAGCUGUGUCUACAAAAACAGAGUGAAUUGAUGAGCUAAAAAAUUAUCUGAGCAUUUGAUCCAAUAAGGAAAGUCAACAUGACUUAUUUAAACUAAAGCACAUUGUCCAAAAACAUUUGUUUUGCAAUUCACAGACAAAAUGAAGUUAAUUCAGUGUUCAACAUUAAGUAUAAAAGUUGUGUUGAGGAAGCUAGAAUUCCUUUUUUAAAAAAUUUUUAAUUAUCUAAAA